GCGGCGUGGCCCAGUCGCACGCGCCGGCGCGGGACGCGCCCCGGGCUCUGGCCCCCGCUGAGCCAGGUAUGAAGGCGGCGGUUGCGGGCUACAGCGAGAGCAACCUGGGCCCUCUCCAUGGGCCGCGUCAGGGACCUCCUGCGAGCCCACAGCGAGCAGAUUGCCGCGGGGACGAGGGCUGGUGGCGCCAGCGCGGGGCUGGGAGGCCCCUGAGGGACCCGAACGUGACGUUCUCCCCCAGGGACACGCCUCUGGCGCCGCCGACGACAGGGGAGAUGAAGGAGUCUGUCCUGGAGUGGUGCACUGAUGCGCACCGCUUCGCGCAGAGAUGGGAGGACGUGCUGGUGCAGAAGAACGGCUGCCAGUGGAGCAUCAGCGCCUUGGACGAGAGGGGCCGCAGUUUCAACCGAGAGGGGCCAUGCGCCCGCCAGCUCGCCGAGAGGCUGGCGGGGAUGUCGGCGGGCGAAAUGCGCCGCUUCGGCCUGAGGACAGCCGCCGCGGCCGAGCGCCAGGCCGGCAGCGCGGCCGGCCGCCAGGACCAGCGCGAGGAGAGGCCCCCGCGGGCGGGCCACCGCCCCGCCCAGCACGACGACAGCGUGUACCUCAUGCACGACGCCGGCGGCUUCGGAAGCGACUACGACCGGGGGCGCCGGCACGCCCGCCCGAAGGACAGCCUGGUGGGCGUCGGCUGCCUCGACGGCGCGCGGGCCCCGUGAUGGUAACAGGGCGCGCUGAGCCGGCAAGCGGCCGGGCAGGGAGGAGAGAGGAGGAGAACGCUCCAGCGUCGCAAUUCGUUUUCGGUGGUGGCCCGAUCCGGCACGGCACCCGAGCCCAUGUGCCGGGCUGCAAGGAAUUCGGAGAGCAGAUGCCGCGAGAAGCCCGUCCACCUCCUCUCCCGUUUUAGUCUUCACCCGUCCUCGUCAUCGUCGCCGCCUUCCGCAGCCUCCUCCUCUUCAUCCCGCUCUUUUGUUUCCUUUUCACACGUUCACGGUCUCGGACAUGCUGUGAGCAUUCCCGCGCC